AAUAAUGGCAGUGGUAACAUCAUCAACAUCACAGCCACACUUCAUCACAAUGGACAACCUUUGCAGUGUCAUGCUGGAGGUGCAAAAGCUGCAAUUGAGGGUAUGUCAAGACAUCUUGCUGUUGAAUGGGGCCCAGAUGGUGUGAGGGUAAACUGUGUUGCUCCUGGUGCUGUGAAGGACACAGAGGGUUUCCGUAGACUAGGUGGCAAACAUCUCCCACCAAACUUCAUUGAGAAUGUACCUUUACAAAGACUGGUUUCUCGCCAAGAUGUGGCAGAUAGUGUACUCUUUCUGGCGAGUGGUGCUUCAGCUUUUAUCACAGCAAACACACUGGUGGUAGACGGUGGUAGUUGGAUCACAAAUUCUGUUUCCAUGGCAACAAUGAACAAGGCAAUUAGCAAGCUGUGAUCUGUGAGAAUCAUGUGUCCAAUUAAGUUGUAGCUGAUGGGCACUUGUGCAAAUCCCAAUUACGUGCUAAUUUUUUUAGGCUCAUUUUUUCUGUAGUUUCUUUUAUUUCAGUUAAUCUUAACCCUUUGCACCCUAACAUAAUUUCCUUUAUUCUCAUGAUCUAAAUGAAUGAUUCAGCAGUAUUACAGUAAGGAGAAAUUAGACGCUGGUCACUCCAAGGGUUUUAAGGGUUAAAAUAACAUUUCAUCACUUGUGGAAUAUUUGCAGGUCAAAAUACAAUAAUAUAGUAUA